ACAUCUGAUGUAAUUUUUUUUCUGGUGAAGAACUACUGCUUUAAUUAAACGUCAUUUACGGAGCAAUUAAAUGUCGCAGAACCUUGAAAGGCUGCAAAUAAAAUAAAAUAAAAAGAAAUACAAAAAGAGUGGACACAUAACAUACGACAACACAAGUUAACGCGGCGAGAGAAUCACGGGGAAGAAGAAUUCGAAAUAAUACCUGUUUUGGACAAAUAAAAAUUUCUAUUUCCGUUAUAUUCUUUCAUUCUGGAUGAUUAAGAAUUUAAAUUAAGAUACGAACGAGAUGUCGCAUCAUUCUGAUGAUUUACUUCAGGCUGGCUCUGAUUCAUUUUGGGAGCUCAGUAACUACAAAAGAACAACAAAGAGAAUCGAAGAUGGAUACAAACUAUGUACUGAUUUAUCAACGCUGAUUCAAGAACGUGCCGAUAUGGAAAAAUCCUAUGCUAAAAGCUUGAAAGCAUGGUCCAAAAAAUGGGGCGAUCUUAUCGAGAAAGGUCCCGAAUAUGGAACAACUGAAGCGGCUUGGAAGGGGAUUCUCACGGAAGCCGAACGUGUAUCUGACUUGCAUAUGAACAUGAAAGAUCAACUUUGUAAUGAUGUUAUGCAACAAAUUCGCGUGUGGCAGAAAGAUAAUUAUCAUAAGGCGAUGAUGCAGAUUAAAGAGCGUAAAGAGAUGGAUGAUCAGUUUAAGAAAGCUCAAAAACCAUGGGCAAAACUUUUAUCAAAAGUAGAAAAAGCAAAAAUGGAUUAUCAUGCAUCUUGUAAGACGGAAAAAUCAGCGCAAAAUCAAGAGCGUAAUGCAAAUUGUGACAGCUCAUUAUCCCAAGAUCAAUUGAAAAAAAUGCAAGAUCGUGUUCAAAAAACGAAAGAUGAAGUGCAGAAAUGUCGAGAUAAAUAUGAUCAAGCGUUAGCUGAAAUCAAUAAAUAUAAUUCCACCUAUAUUGAAGACAUGACAUCAGUGUUUAUGAAAUGUCAAGAGACGGAAGAAGUUCGAUUGCGGUUUUUUAAACAAAUUCUUUUCUCUAUACACAAGGUCCUUAAUCUUUCUGAAAAUCCUGGUUUGCCACAAAUCUACGAGGAAUUUUAUCAUACAAUCAACAAUGCUGAUCAUAACAAAGACCUCAAGUGGUGGUCAAACAAUCACGGGGUGAACAUGGCUAUGGGUUGGCCAGUAUUUGUUGAAUAUACGGAAGAGUUUCGUGACAUAGCUAAGGGCAUUAAAUCGAAGGAAGCAUUGCCAGCAGCCCCAAUAACUUUGAUACAUCAACGUCCAGUUAAUGAGGAUUUGCAUGAUUAUGAAAAUCGACAUUCAAAGAAUAAUCGAGCAUCAGGUGAUCCCUCACAGAUUAUAAGAGCGGCAGCAACUUCUGAAAAUAAUCAGCCAAAGUCAUCGCCAACAGCAACUUCAACAAUCAAGACUAAUGCUGAAACUUCUUCAAUCAAUAGUGCCACUACGCCCAGAGAAUCACCCGACUCUCCGGCGAUUACAAAUGGAAAAAAGCAACCGGAACCUAAUCCGUUUGAUGAUCAUGACGAAGAAUGGGACGAAAAUGAUAAUUCGGAAAAUGUUUUAACGGAUAACGGUGAACCUGGUGUUCCCGUUAAAGCGCUUUACGACUAUGAAGGUGCUGAAAGUGACGAGUUGACGUUUAAACAGGGUGAAGUUUUCGAGAAACUUGAAGACGAAGAUGAACAAGGUUGGUGUAAAGGAAGAAUUAAAGGUCGUGUUGGUCUUUAUCCUGCUAAUUAUGUUGAAGCUGUUUAAUUCAAAGAUUACAAUGAAAAAGUAAAUAAUAAGAAUCCAAUAAGUCUUCAAAAUUGCAGUGUUUAGUUUUGGCAAUUAUUCGCGCAUGUUUGUAAAUUAUGAAGAUCAGCACUUUUGCGGGGAAAGAGUUUGUUAAGUCGAAGUUUUUAAUGCAAGGAGAAACAUUUUUAUUUCUUAAAUUAUGAUUAUGGACUAUACUUUGCACUUUUAAUGGUUUCUUUAUUCAACAUUUAUUUCUUUUCCAUCUUAUCGUGUUAACGAAUAAGAAAUAAAUAUAAUUGGCGUCCUCCUUCGUUUAUUUAAUUAAAUACGCAGCAUUUUACGGGUCAUUUGACAAAAGUUUUAAAGUUUUCAUUUAAUUACAACAACUAAAUAGGUAAUUACACAUUAAUCUUGUCAUAACAUUUUUAUAUCAAAACCAUUAUGAACGCUUGUCUUAUGAUUCAUAACGAAGAGAGAAAAAAAAGUAUAUGAACGACUUUACAUAAAAACAAUGUUUUGAGUAUUUUUUGUAGUAAGUAGCAAUAUCUGAUGAAUGAAAAGAAGGAAUCAUGAAAUAUUAUUAAAGAAAUUAAUAGACUAAGAUGUUAUUUAAUCUAGCCGAUAAUAUGAAACUAUUGAAUUUGGUUGAUAAAUAUUAAAAGGAAAUCAUUAAAAUAAUUGAAACAUUGUAAACAAUUUAAGUAAGAAAGUUAUUUAACGUUGAGCCCCUCCCCACGACAGUAUCGAUUUUGAUAGAUAAAACAUAAAAGAAAAUUUCUAAAUGAGAUCAUUUUGGACUUUUGGUAUUGUAAGUAAUCCAUAUACACAUAACAAAUGAAAAAUGAGAAGAACCAACAAUGUUUUUAUAUCGCAUUUUCUUUUAGAGGAUUUUAUCUCUUGUCUGUUGAAAUUUGCAAAAAAAAAACAAAAAAACCGAUGAAAUCAUAAGUAGCUCUGCCACACCUUAUUGGUUUGUAAUCAUGUUGAAUGAUUGAUAAGAUAAAAAGAAAUAUUGAGAGAGAGAGAGAGAGCGUUCAUUUAUUACGAUUAAAGAGAUGAUUAUGUGGGUGUACAGCAGAUAAAAUGAAAUUUGAAGCAAACUAUUUUAAAAAUUGCCAAAAAGAAAGUCAGCGCGUAAUAUAUGAACGUUGAUUAGAAAACAAAAAGAGGAAGAAACAAAAAAGAAGAAAACUUAGUCAGUGACACUUGACAAAUAUUAAGUUCUUUAAUUCACAACAGUUACUUUCGAAUAAAAUCAAAACCGAACUAUUAACACAAGAAGAAAAAUGUUUUCAUUUAUUUGCAGCAAGGGAUUCUUUUUUCUUUCAGAUUUAAUAUUAAUAAUUAAAUUAACUUCGUGUCAUAUUUAAAAAAAAGGAUUUCUUUUAAUGUUAUUCAAGGCCUAAAACGUAGUUGACGCCUUGAACGAAAAAUAGAAUCAGUGGUUGCCAUGCUAUUAGAUAUCUUAUCCAGUCAAGAAGUUGACCAUAAAGUAAAUGCGGUUUCUCCCAAGGGUUUCUGAAAAGCUUUUUCAAGUCAACCUUCUCCUUACAAUAUGGACAAGUUUGUUUCUUUCCAAUUAUCAGCCAGCCACGAAUACAAAAUCGUGAAAAAUAUGAUCACAUGUUAAUUUAUAAGUAUCUUCAAUGACACCAACAUCAUUCUCACUAACGAAAAGUUUAUGCGCACAAAGUCCGCACAGAUCUUUAGGUAAACUCUUUGUAGGCAUACCAUCUACAUUGUAGUAUCCUAUAUGACAAGCCAUUUUGUCAGUGCAUAACUCUGAGAGAUCUCUGCCUAGAACACCAUAAUAGAGUCCGUAGAAAAUAAAUAGAAGUGACACAUCCAUCCAGCUUUGUGGCGUUGCGCUGAAGAUCAAAUUUAUUCCACAGAAUGUCAUCAUCAUAACAAUGUAUCCAAAUAUUCCUAAUCCAUAGCUUAACUUAUAUAUAAAUAGAAACCAUUUAUAGACUAGUCUAUAAAGUGUUUCCCGUAAUAGGUUUUUGAUAAGCUUUUCUCAUCACAAUUCCAGUUAUUAAAGAAAAUAUAACCCAGAAGAAGAUAAAGCGCCACCAUCCGUUUUUAACACACAUACCAGCUGGAAUUAACCAAAGCCCCAGCAAACUCACAAGCAGAUAAGAUUUGUAGUGACGUUUUUUCCAUUCGAAAAGAACAAACUGUGCUACGAUCAGAGUGACGACUAAGAUUAAAAGCAUUUCGGCAUGCAUCUGAUCAUGUCCUUUAUGCUUUUCAUGCAUUUGCUGGUGUAGAAAUCUAGCUUUUUCAUCUUCAGUCAUUUCAUCCAAAGUCUUAUUUGGAUCUACAAAGUCGUGAAGAUGGUUCAUUUUAGCGACGAAAUAUAAACUUUGUGAUUGCAGUUAAUUUUGAUUUUGUCAGAUAUUUUUUAUUUGCAGUUCAAUUUAGAAAAUUAACAUUUUUUGUAUAUUUUUAUUCUGUACAAGUUCGGAUAAGAAA